UUAAUCCGUGUUGAAGAUCAGAUGCAACAGUUGCGUCCUCGAGCGAUGUUUGAGACGUGUGAGUGAAUGGAAGUAACCGAAUGUUUAUUGUUUCCGGGGGAAUAUGUCGAGCGAACUGUAUUUUAGGCGUACGCUUGAAACUUAUUUUUUUCUUCAUUGCUUAGGUUAUUCAAUGUAUAUCCGUAGCGUUAUUCGGUCAGUGAGAUACGCAGGACCGAAGUGCUAUGUUGUGCACGUGUAGUCUCGUAAGAGCAUUAUAAACUCAAUAUGGCGGGCAUGGAAUGUUCGGCCUUUUCAGAGGAUGGCAAAUAUUUUGGAUGCUGUGGUGCAGAUGGGAAGCUGAAGGUGUGGGAAACAGAAUCUGGGAUAUUAAGUCAAGAAUAUACACCAGACCUACAUCUGUCCUCGCCGUUUACUUGUCUUACGUGGGUAGCUUCAAGAAACUGGGUUUCACCGAGGAAGAAAAAGAAGCGGAAAUCAGCAGAGCAUGCGUCCGAAACAGAUACUGUGGCACUGGGAACAGUUGCAGGAAACUUGCUGUUGUACAGCAUUGCAAGUGGCAGUAUGGUGUGUCAGCUACAGGGUGGUCACAGUUUUGCAGUGAAUCAUAUAGCGUGGAGCAGGGGCUCCAAUUUGUUUAGCUGUGAUGACAAACACAUUGUGGAGUGGAGUGUUGCUGAUACCUCAGUAAAGAGCAAAUGGAAAGUUGGCAGAGAGCGAGUGACAUGUUUACUGGUGCUGCCAGACAGUAAUUCAUUAGUGGCAGCAGGAUGCACAAUUGGCUUGUGGGACAUACCUAGCAAGAAACUCAUACGCAGGUAUACAGGGCAUGCUUCAGAAGUGACGUCUCUCACGCUCAUCCCAGGUAAAGAGAGCUACUUCUUAAGUGCUGCUAGGAAUGACCGGCUCCUCAGUGCAUGGUCAUUAAGUUCCAGUAGUCAAGAUACAAAUUCAGUGGCAUCGUUUGUGAUGGAAGAUGUUGCAGUGUGUGUGUCGUUAUGCAGUACUGAUACAACAGGCAUGGUCGCAGUUACUAGGAGUGGGGUACUGCACCUGUAUAGGCAUCAACUAAAUGGAAAAUGUUCUAAACCUUUGAAGCCAGCAGUAACCGUACAAAUUGCAUCAGACACUGGCCAAAGCAGAGAUGCUGUGCAGCCCAUCCCUAUUCUCGGAGCUGUUAAACAGGGACCCAACAUCCUUAUAGCUCAUGGGAGUCCAGUUUUCCUCUCAUUUGAGUCAAUAUGUCCUAAGGGGCAUGAGAAGGUGUUGUGCUUGGUGAGACAAGAUCCUAGGGAGAAUGUUAAAUCAAGGGAUGCUGUCAUAUCCAAGGUUAAAGUACCGGAGGAUGAUGAUGUUGAAUAUGUCUCACAAACAGCAACAGUGGCGACACCUUUAAAGAGAGGCAAAAAGCUGAAGACAGAUGUACCUAUGGAAGAACGUCUAGAUAACUUAAGCCUUACGAGACAAGAAGCUGUCAGUCAUAAACCUCCACAGGCUGAUAGCAUGGCUCAUCUGCUUAUGCAGGGACUGCACAGCAAGGACAAAAAGAUCUUGCAGAGUGUCCUAAUGCAGAAGGAUCCUGUCCUUAUUUCCGGUACUGUUAUGAGACUGUCUCUCCAGUGCAUUGUCCCCCUGCUUAAAGAACUGGUCACUCUCAUCCAGGGCAAGACAAUAGCGAGUCAAAUUGCUGUCCUCUGGUUGAAAGCUGUUAUCAAAUCACAUGCCGGUCAAUUGAUGGCCAACUCUGAUGUAAGAGAUACAUUGUCUCCUGUCCUAGGACUAGUGGAAACAAGAUUGGGGCUGUUGGCACCUUUGUUACGGCUUCGUGGUCGGCUUGAUUUGUUGGUAGAUCAGAUAGGGGAAAGCAGCAAGGGGAAUGUCGCUGGAGACUUUGGGGAGAGUCUUCUUGUAUUCCAGGAUCAAGACUCAGAUGAGGGAAGCGAAAUAGAAGAAAUAGCUUUGGGUAGUGAGUCUGAAGAUCACUGGGAGGAACUCUCAGAUAUGGACAGGGAGGAAGAGGAAGAGGAAGAGGGAGAGGGGCAGGCUGAUGAGGUGGACAUGUUAAACUGAGAAUGUACAAGUGCAUGUGGACUCUGGUGAUAUGGGGAAGGGAACGUGGUGUUGAUGAAGAAGGAAUAUGCAACCAUUACAGCGUAAAAGAAGAAAACUAGACAAGCUGAUUGGAAGAUAAUUUGACAGAGAUCAUAGUAUUCAGAAUGCUUGGCAACUCUGAGACAGCACAAUUCAGGGUGUGGUUUUUGUUGCCUAAUAUUGCUUUUUCUCUGUAAUGGAAAAUUGUAUCAUUUUACAUCAUGCCAUAAAAUAUGAUGGCAGAUCAUUUACAUGCAUGUCUUGCAUAUGGCGUGUUUAUUAAUGGACUGCUGUAUUACCAAAUGUAAUACAAUUGAGAAGAAAAUUUUAACCCAUGA